UUUUGUACUAAAUUAACUAUUAAAACGUAAUUGAAAUUAUACAAUAACCUCAUUAGAUUGAUUCUACCACGCGAUAUGAAAUACUACAUUAUACCUGUUUACUAUAGUUUUAUGUUUUAGUCCUUUUACGUUUUGUGUCUACUGUGAGUGAAAAUUGUAACAUAUUAUACAUGGUAUAUUAAAAUGAUUCAUUAUACAAAAAAAUAUUGGAAAAAGUGUUAAAAAUUAAAUAUAUUAAUAUAAGAUAAACGUAUUUAGAAUGUCUUUAUCAGUGGAAUUAUUGAAACGUCUAAAUACAGACGAAGAACCUUUACCCAAACGUUUAAAAUUAGCAGAAAAUGCAUUCUCUGCUAUUGAUGUACCAAUAAUACAUAAAAAUGAGCUUAUUCUACAAUGGCUUUGUAAUAUAUGUUCCAUAGAUCAAAAAGCUUGGAAUUCAUUAAAAAAUUGUUUGAAUAUUAAAUGUUUGAAUAUUAAAACUGAUGUGAUAAAAAGAUUGUUAACAGUAUUAAUUGAAACAUUUCAACAAAAUGUAAAUUAUACACAUGAGGAUGUUUUUGAAUGCUGUAGUUUAUUAAUUUCAAAUGAUAAGAUUCAAGAAUAUUUUAUUAAUAAUCCAGAAGAUUUAGGACUUUUAACAAAGUCUUUAUUAGAAUAUGUGAACAACAUUUGUAAAUAUGUUCUUAAUAUUGAAGAAAAAUCAAUAGAAGGAAUAAAAAUUUCAUUAAUUAACAGAAGCAAUAAAUUAAUACUAACAGCAUAUAAUACAAUAAUUACUGUCAUAGAAAAUAUAAUACAAAUUUAUAAAUCUGCUUUUGUCACAAAAGAUAGUUUAAGAAUCAUAUUUAUACGUGAUAUCUUAAAUCCUUUAUGUGUUUUAAUUGACCAUAAUUGUACUGAUAAUACUAAUAGACUAGGUGUAAUAACACAUAAAUGUAUUCAACAAUUAAUAUUUGGAAGAAAACAUAGUCAAAAUGGAGAAUUUCUGAAAGAUGAAGAUAUAGCACAAUAUAAAAAUUUAUUAUCUAUUUUAACAGAAAAUGCGAAAACAAAAGAUUUUCAGAGUAAUUUAAUGACAUUCACUUUUUUCUUCCGUGUGGCAAUAACUACUUUCAAAUCAGACACUGUUAUAUUAGAUAUAAUAUUAAGAGAAUUAGUGGAGUGUUCUGGAACAUAUAAAGUAGAAAUUUUGAAUGCUUUUUUAAAGUGUUUAAAUGAUGUAACAUUUAAUUUUGAUAAUAAAGUAUAUAAUGUUACAUUAUUUGAUUAUUGUCAAAAUAUAAUUGAUGAUAUUUUAAUAAGCAAAAGUAUAAGUGACACAGAUUACGAUCUUUUAAUACAAUUUUGUUAUUUUAAUCCUCUUAUAAUUGAGAGAAGAGUUAAAAAUAUAUUAAGAAGAAUAUUUAUAGAAAAAACAGCAUUGGAAUAUAAACAUUUAAUGAUAUCUAUUUUGGAUGCUUUUAUACAUCUAAGAGAGGAGGAAAAAUUAAUUUCAGCAAUAUUAAUAACUUUAAAAGAUACUUUGUCUUGUAUAUCAUCUACAGAAAAUAACAUGUGUUUUUCAAGUGAAUUCAAAGAAAAAUUAAUGAAAACUAUAGCUAAUAUAACAAAUUCACAAAGUGUAGUUAUGUUAAGAACACUGACAUAUCAUUUAAGGACUGAUUGCUUGGAAAUAUUACAACCUAAUAAUAUCAGCACAAAUAUUUUAAUAUUACAAGCAACAGUUGAAUUACUUAUUACAUUGUUAGAUGGUAUAUGCAUUUUUGAAUAUAGUGGAACAUCUACUUCCUGCAAAAAAUUUAUAAAUGCCUUUAAUGAUAUAAGAAAUAUUUUAUCACUUUUACUGAUUAAAACAUUAUGUUUAAAUCAUGAUGGACCAGUUAUGAUAUUAUUAACUGCAAUAUUCUCUUGGAAUGAAACACAAAGAGCUCUGAAAUAUUAUAUGACAAAUACUGUUUUAGAAAAUUUAGUAUUAUCAAUAUCAGAGACUCAAUGGAAGCAACUAAUUAAAAAAAUUAAAAAAUUUGAUAAUGAAGAUUGUAAAAACAUUAUGAAUAAACUUAUUUUACAACAAAUGAAGAUGCCUCGUACUACGUUAAAUGAAUCUUUUUUUAUAUUUGAUAAUUUGAUAGGUGGUUUAGAAAAUUGUUGGAGCUUAAUAUUAAAAUCUGAUACAGAAAUAAUACCGUCUUUGAGUAAUGAACAAGUUUUGAAAUUAACACAUUUAUUAUUAACGGAUAUGACUUCUACUGCAGAUAAUUUUAAUGAAUGGGUGAAAAUAUUACAAAAAAAUGAUUUACAAGAAAAUAAAAGAUUCAUUAUAUUCAUAUUAUCUUGUAUUUUUAUACAAAUUGGAUAUUUAACAACGGAAAGUGUGACAAAAUCUAUGAGUAAAUAUUUUAAUGCAGAAUUGUUAUUUGAAACUGAAAUUGUUGAAUGUGACAAAAUAAAUGACAUAUUAAUGUCUUUAAAAGGAGAAUUAUUAGUAAAUAAAUGGACACAAAUACAGAAUGUAGUUUUAUGUAAAAUUAAAGUAUAUUUAGAAGUAUUGCUCCAUUUGCCAUUAAUGUUUUUGAAUACUAAUCUAAAAAUAAUAACACUUAUGUAUAUAUUUGCUAUUAGAAUGGAAUGUAAUCAGAGUAGUGAAAUAAUUUCUUUAUGCAAUAUAAUAUUUUCAGAUCUCUUGGAAAGGUCUAAUAUUGAUGUAUUUCAAUAUGUAGAUCCUUUUUUAUUAUUACAAUUAUUACCACAAAACAAAACAUUUAAAAAACUAUUGGAAUUGUUUCUGAAGAAUUGUUCAUAUAAAAGUUUGAAAAGAUUAAUAAAAUCUUUUAGUAAUUGUAAUAAGAAUAUAUUUUCCUUAUUAGAAUCCAUGGAACGUAUUAAAUCAAAAUUAGAUGUUGACCAAAAAAUAAUAAUUAAAAAGGCUGAAAAAAGAUUAAUCAAAAUUGUUACAAAAGCUCUAUCUUUUAAAAUAACGAAUUUAGAUGAGAUAAAAAUAUUAAAUUUACUAUUAAGGAUUGGUAUUAAAAAUGAAAACAUUGAUGAAAAAUUAAAGACCAUUACAGAAUCAGUAAUUCAAGAUAUAUUUAUGAACAAUGAAAAUAACAAAAUUACAAAUGAAUUAUUGCAAGAUGGUUUACAACUCAUGGUUGUUAUUUUACAUAAUAAAAAAGUAUUUCACAUAACAAAUCAAACUACAAAAGCAAUUUGGAAUACUUUAUUUAAAUACCCAUGUAUAGAUGUACUUUCACCUUUAUUAGCAUCAAGUGAACUAAAAGAAUUUUCUGACUUUACUGAAGAAUUACAUAAUCGAUUAGUUAAAGCACUUUUAAAUGCUGAAGUAAAUGAUCUAGAAAAUAUUUGUUUUAUCUGGAAUGCUAUAUUAAAAACAAAUAUGUCCAAUGAUCGCAAUAAAUUACGUCUAACAGCUAUCAGUAAUUUAAUUCAAACAAUACAAACUGUAAAUGUACUAGAAAAGUUUUGGCCAAAUUUAUUGAAAUUAAUUUAUAAUAUUCUUGUUACUAAACAUUUGUAUCUUCCUGGAUACAUUAUUGAUACGAGUAUAAUUCUUAGUUUAAAAUCAUUGCAAGGAAAUACAAUAGUAAUAUGUAGUGAUACAUUAGCACUAUGUAAUGUAUUACUAAAAAUGAGAACAAAUCUAAUUAAUGACAGGAUAUCUUUAUUAUUGACAUUAUAUAGACAAGUAUUAAAAAUUUUUGUACAUAAAUCCAAAUACAUUAUUAAUAAAUCUGAAGAACACACAUUUAAGUGUGUUGCAUUAGAUAUUGAAAAGUUUACAAGUUCCUUAAUAAAAUUAAAGAAAGAUAUGAUUCGACUAAGUCCUUAUGUAAUAGCAGAUUUGUUGAAAUUAUUUUCAGAAAGUUCAAUACCAAAUUUUGUUAAGGUUUCUAUGCAACAUUGUAUAAAUCAAUUAAUCAGUAUAUGCGACCAACAUGGAAUUGCUUUAUUAUCGCGAAUACUACCUGUUUCAAUGCAAGAAAUUUUCAAAAUUCAAUUAGAUACAUAUAAUAAAUUUCAUAAAUUUAUUGGAAAAAUUUGAAUAAUCAUUGUAAAACAAUAUUUACAAAUUUAUAUGUAUAUAAUAUAUAAGUAU